UAUAUGUUGAGCAUUGCGAUAUAUCGUUGUGAACCGAUUCUCAUUUCUCCCUAUAAAUUCUAUCGUUUGAGAAUUAACCAUUUCCCUUUCGAGGCCUCUCGCUUUAUCUAUCUACCGCUCUCGCUUAAGAGGGUUUCCCCUUUUUUUUUUUUUUUUGGUUUUUUUCUUUUUCUUUUUUCAUUUUUCUUUUUCAUUUCCCCCCUUCGUCAGUGGUUUCUAUUUUCCUCUCCUCAAACCCUAACCCUUUGCCUGAGUUCCUCCUGCAACUUUGAUUCAUCUGCGUUUUUGAAUAUUUUGUAAAGAAAAAUGCAGCAGCAGAGGUUGAAACAGCAGCAGCAACAGGCCUUGAUGCAACAAGCUCUUCUUCAGCAGCAGCAGCAGCAACAACAAUCCCUCUAUCAUCCUGGCCUAUUGGCUCCUCCUCAAAUAGAGCCAAUUCCAAGUGGAAAUCUGCCUCCUGGGUUUGAUUCGAGUGCAUGCCGCAGUGUGUAUGUGGGCAACAUUCAUACACAAGUUACUGAACCACUUCUUCAAGAGGUGUUCUCAAGUACUGGUCCCCUUGAAGGGUGCAAACUUAUUAGGAAAGAGAAGUCAUCUUAUGGUUUUGUAGACUACUUUGAUCGGAGAUCAGCUGCGCUUGCUAUUUUAACUCUUAAUGGGAGGCAUCUGUUUGGGCAACCUAUAAAAGUUAACUGGGCGUAUGCUAGUGGUCAGAGGGAAGAUACUUCAGGCCAUUUCAACAUUUUCGUUGGUGAUCUUAGCCCCGAAGUUACAGAUGCAACCUUGUUUGCCUGCUUCUCUGUUUACCCCAGUUGUUCGGAUGCGAGGGUUAUGUGGGAUCAGAAGACUGGUCGCUCAAGGGGGUUUGGGUUUGUCUCUUUUCGGAACCAACAGGAUGCCCAAAGUGCGAUAAAUGACUUGACAGGGAAGUGGCUUGGAAGUAGACAAAUACGAUGUAACUGGGCGACAAAGGGUGCUGGUGCCAAUGAUGAGAAGCAAAACACAGAUGCAAAAAGUGUGGUUGAGCUAACUAAUGGAACAUCGGAAGAUGGUCAGGAAGCAAAUAAUGACGAUGGGCCAGAGAAUAACCCUCAAUAUACAACUGUUUAUGUGGGUAACCUUGCUCCAGAGGUUACCCAGCUUGAUCUCCACCGGCACUUCCAUUCUCUUGGUGCUGGUGUAAUUGAGGAAGUCCGUGUGCAGCGUGAUAAGGGCUUUGGUUUUGUGAGAUACAAUACUCAUGCAGAAGCUGCCUUGGCCAUUCAAAUGGGCAAUGCUCGAAUUCUGUGUGGCAAGCCAAUUAAGUGCUCGUGGGGUAGUAAACCUACUCCAGCAGGGACAGUUUCAACACCUCUUCCUCCACCUUUUCCCCCAGGUAUCUCAGCCGCAGAACUUCUGGCCUAUGAGCGUCAGCUUGCUAUGAGCAAGAUGGGUGGUGCCCAGGCACUAAUGCACCCACAGGGUCAACAUGCUCUCAAACAGGCGGCCAUUGGUAUGGGUGCUGGAGCAAGCCAGGCGAUCUAUGACGGAGGUUUUCAGAAUGUUCCCGCAACCCAGCAGCUUAUGUACUACCAGUAAUAGUGAGAGAUGGUUUGAUACCCAUUUUUCCAAAAAGCCUUGGUAUUUCAUUGUCUGCACUGUAGGCUUCAGGAGGCUUUCUGAUGGUUUUCCUUUAUCACUCUGGUUUGUUGUUGCCUUUUAUCUUGUUUGCGUGCCUUGUAUGGAUAUAGUUUGUAGUUAAAAACAUCUAGGAAGAGAUGUUAAAGGGAUUUUUUUUUUCUUGGGUAAACAUAUUAAAGGGGUCUAGGGUGUUUAGUGAGUACUGUAGUGAUGCUUGAAAGGCUUCUUUUUAUAUUUUCAUUAUUAUUAUUAUGGCUUGUCCUUCCCUGUCCCCACAUAAAGUUUUCUGAACCUGUUUUCUUGGAUGAUUUGGCCGAAUAUCAGGUUUUGGCAGUUGCUUAA